AUGUGGGUCCCGCGUGGGUUCCUAGCAUAUAUUGUGAAAAUCUCACACAUGCAUGUGAGAGAGGUAUGGUUGAGCUAUAUGGUGAAAAACAAUGACGAUGGAAGGCGAUGGACAACCAUCGCCAUCUACCUUGACGGGUGCCAAGAGUUCCUAGGCUACGGAGACGACCACCGAUCCGAGGUGGCUUUCUAUUGUUCCAAAUGCGGCUGCAACCGCAACUUCCAUCGCAAGGAAGAAAUCACUAUCCUAGCUGAACCCGCAAUUGUCAAAAUGGUUCGCGAUUUGGCAGCCGCUCGUCCUCCUCCUCACUGCAGUGCUCCUUCUCCACCACCAAGGCAAGUCCCCAUUCCCGAGGAGCACUUCCUCGGGAAUGGAGAGGCGGAGCAGGAGGAGACCAGCAAACCGAAGAGAGAGAGGACUAAGUUCACGGAACCGCAGAAAGAGGCGAUGAGAGGGUACGCGGAAAGGCUGGGGUGGAGAUUGCGGGGACACAACGAACAUCAACUUUUUCAGUUUUGUUUGGAAAUUGGGAUUAUGCUGACGAAUUUCAAGCGUUGGAUGAGGAACAAUAAGAGAAAGUACUACGCGAAAGUUGAGGAGAGCUCGGCCAGCUGCUGA